CGGGGGGCAGAGCCCCAUCCGGUAGCUCUCCUCCGAGAUGGCGGCGCUGUCAGUGUCUGGCGUUACCAGAAGAGGCCUCACGUGGAUAGUCUUAGGGGCACCACGCAGAGAAUUUUGGUCUCGAUUCAGAAAAGAGAAAAAGCUAGUGGUGGCUGAGACAGUAGAAGAAGCGAAGAAAGAGCCUAUUUUGGUGUGUCCACCCUUACGAAGCCGAACAUACAUACCACCUGAAGAUCUCCAGAGUCGUUUGGAAUCUUGUGUCAAAGAAAUUUUUGGUUCCUCUGUUGGUAACAGUUGGCAGGAUGUGUCCCUGGAAGAUGGCCUUCUGAAGUUCAGUUUCUUGGCACGUUUAGCUGAUGACUUGGGCCAUGCAGUGCCCAACUCCAGGCUUCACCAGAUGUGCAGGGUCAGAGAUGUUCUUGAUUUCUAUAAUGUGCCUAUUAGGGAUCAAUCUAAAUUUGAUGAACUUACUGCUAGUAAUCUGCCUCCCAAUGUAAAAAUCACUUGGGGUUACUGAGCAGAAGAGGAGCUCAUUAAGAUCAUUUUGUCCUGAGCAAGGGGGCUGGUUAUUUAGACUUUUGAUAUGUUACCAUGUGAAAUGCUAUCAGAACUGUUCUCUAAACCCACUUUUUCUGUGGAAGGAUGAAUUAUCUCUUUUUCUCAUCAUGAAUUAACAAGAUUUUCUUUUUUCACGUUUGCUGGAACUUUGUUUUUUUAAUGGAAUCAAGUCUUUAAUCAUGUAUGAAAAUUUCCUUCUUUGGAGGACACUGUAAUUAAACUUGGGUUUAAGAUACAAGGCUAUUAUAUGUUCACACAUGGUCUUUAUUUUUUACGCAUAAAUUAGUAGAUGCAAAAACAGGUUUUAAUCCUGUUAGGACUCUUAAACCUAAGGUGGCAUUAAUUAUGUAUAGUACAUAUACAAAUAAGGAAACGUAGAUAUGUAUAAAAGAAAUGUAAAAAUCUUAUGUUGUAUAUUACAGCAAGUUGUUUCUUUCAUUGCUUUACUACAAGAGUAAAAAUAGUAGAAAAUGAUACUGUUCAUUCUAGAUUAAUCUCUUUUGGAAUUAAAGUAAAUUUCUUGAA